AUGCAUCAGGCCAAGGUCCAACCAGUCAAGGCUGCAUGUCUCGCGUGCCGUGCCUCCAAAACCCGCUGCGAUGGACAAAAUCCUUGUUCGCCGUGUACCCAAAGGAGCCGCGGCUGCGUUUACAAGCCCAGCCGCCGAGGUGGACCUCGGUACAAGCCUAAUCGUAAAGAAUCCCAAGACACAGACAUGGAUCGUUCCACCUCAUCUCAGCUGUCUCCCGUGUCUAGAAUGGGAAGUGAAAUGUCGCAGAUCGAUGCCCUGCCAGAUCUCUCGAAUUUAACGCCUAGCCAGUUGUUUGAUAGAAGUCUCGCCUCUAUGAAUGCGCUGCUUUCGCCAGUGCCCUUACCGCCCGACCUCAGUAUGGCUCCUGGAUGCUUAUGGGACCCUCAAAUAGCGGAGCGCUCCAGUGAUACGGAUGAUCCUUUGGUUCGGGUUUACACCUCUGAAAGGGAGAUAAUCAACGCCUACUAUAUACACCUUCAUCACUAUUUACCCUUGCUGCCGCCUCCUUUAACGCCACCAGAAUAUCACCACCGGCCAAGGCUCCUCACUCCACCACUAAAAGAGUCCUUUACUGUCACCCAGUCCAGUCUCCCAUAUUGGCCAACUACCUCUUUGGGGCUAGCUCUAUCUGCGAUCCUGGCGCUGAUCCCUCCUCCCCAAGACUCAGCGCCAUUACAGGAAUCAAAUAUCAUCUUGCGGCGCGCUUUUGCCCAAUUAUACGCACAGGCCGCGAUGGAUCGUGUGGAGAAGGAGGUCGACGCCAUGGGGCAGCCUAAUGCUAACGGUGGUCCAGCAGCCCCGGACGACGUCCACGGGGACGUACCAACCAAACUAUAUCCAGUACUGGCAUUGGUGGUGCUAAGCGUAUAUGAGUAUUCCCACCGGGGGAAUAUACCUCGUAUGCGCGCACGCGCGAACCAGGCCCUUACCAUGGCUAUGGACAUCUCUAUUCAUAAUCUCGGUCCAAACGCAUCAGAGGCGUUUAGGCGUGCAUGGUGGUCUACUGUUGUCUUGUCAUACAUGUCAUCAAUUGCGCAAACAACGCUUCCGGUGGUCCCAACUUCUGACCCGAGAAUUACUACUCCAUAUCCAUCCGUUCAGGCUGCCUCGGAGGAUUCCCAGGAAUCCAACCCGUGGCCCGCCUUAAUACGAAGCGUUGAAGCUAUUGCUUCCGUAAUCCAAAUCCUUAAAACGGUGGAGUCCCAUACGCAAAGACAUGCAGAGGAUAAUCGUCUACAUGACGAGAUACGCAGCCUCGAUUCACACAUCCUGAGUCUGACUGUGCAGACCGAGCCGUCUAUCAGCAUUCCACAGGACGACAACGUCGAGACCCGCGCUGGGAUGGCGCUAGGUGCAAUAGCAAACCUCCUAACCCAUUCAGCACGGAUCAGGCUACACCGCAUCCAGGCGUUUUCGAAUGUUCCCCUCUUCGUCGACAAGCACUGCGAUAUCGACGGUCUCAUGGUAAACGGAGAGCUGUCGCUGACUCCCCAAUCUCCAACGGACUCGUCCUCGUCCCCGUUCACCAGCGAGCAAGCGACUAUUGCUUGCCUGAAGUCAUCCCUUGGUGUUGCUCGGGCCUUCAGAAGCCUUUCAGAGGGCCUUUCCCUACCGAAUACUAUAAACCCACCCAGCCAAGCCCAUAAAUCGAAGCUAUAUUCCACACCUGCCAGAGAAAUAUCCGGCUCGCUAUCCUACUUCCGUUGCGCAGGAAUGCAAGCGUGUUACUCGCUCUUCAUGAUCCUACACCAGAUCCAAGCCGCAUUAGCCUCGCAGAGUCUAUCCAGUUGCUACUACUUAUUGGGCCCGUCAGAGCCCGCGACGGAACUCCAGGACGCGCGGAGGCUGAUGGAGGAGGUAAGACACGGAAUUGAAUGUAUGCGUAUAUCGUUAAGAGCGGAUUCGGGCUUUGAGGCUAUUGCUGCUAUGAGCCGGGAGGUGGAUACUGCGUAUAGCUGCUUUUUCACGAAUUAA